CUUUGCAUGAGACGUCAGUGCUACUUUGAAGUUCGGGUGUCCAAAGGCAAGUCGCGAGGAGGAUGUCCGCGUCCGCGAGCCUGAAGGAAUCAGACGGAGAUCGGGACAUGGAGCAGCGCAAAACCCAAGUGUCAAGCCAUCCGUUCAGCGUGGAGUCUCUUAUUUCUACCCACAAAACCAAUAAGGACUUUGAAAGAAGGCGAGAGGAUGUGUCCAGUCAGUUUGCGCAGACUGAGAUCAGGGAUUCUUGCGGUUCGGCUGGAAUACCAAAGCACUUUAUGCUGCAAACCUCACCCGUCAAAUCCGAGUCCCCUGAGCCGGAUGACUGCACAUCAUGGGUUAUGAACUCUAGAUACUCGCAGACUCGCCAGGAAAGUCCCUGUCCUCUCCGCAAGCACAAGACCAAUCGCAAACCCCGUACACCAUUCACCACCUCACAGCUCCUUGCCUUGGAGCGAAAGUUCAGACAGAAACAGUACCUGUCCAUCGCAGAGAGAGCCGAAUUCUCCAGCUCCCUCACCCUCACAGAGACCCAGGUCAAGAUCUGGUUUCAGAACCGACGGGCCAAAGCCAAGCGUCUACAAGAGGCAGAGCUGGAAAAGCUCAAGUUGACUGCCAAACCUGCCCUGCACCCCAAUUUCAGUCUGCCUCUUCCUCUUGGGACACAACUUCAUUCUGCGGUCUCGCUCUAUGGCCAGUCGUACCCUUACCAGAGGCCUUUAUUGCCUGUAGCUCCAGUGGGGCUUUAUGGGACACCGUUAGGGUACAGCAUGUAUCACCUCGCAUGAGAAGAGCGCUGACAACUGGACUAGCGGACGUCCAUGUGGAUGUACAGAAAGACAAUGUUUACAAUGCCCAAUGCCGAAAAAAAAAAACAACAACAAAAUUCUAAAGAUUUCAUAAUGUGCCUUGCCUUCAAGUCCUGACUUGAAAAAUAGAACAUUUUCGCUCCGUCUCCACUGACUGAAAGAUCACAUUUUACCCUGUGGAUGGGUAAUUCUAUUGCCAAACCUUUUGUGUAUAUUUUUGUCAUACGUCUUUAUGUAAUAUAUUGUAAAUCUAAUUAUUAUUAUUAUUAUUGUUGUGUGUGUAAUAUAUCGGAUGAGUUUAAUGUCCACCACAUUUAAUGUUGAUGGAUUUUUUUAUACUGUAAAAAAUGUGUUCUGACGGAAUUUCUUUUCUAGGCAUUGUUGACAUACCUGUAAUUAUGUUUCAACAUGGUCAUGAUGUUUGAAACUAAUUAAAUGACUAGAUGUAUGAGUUCAUAUACGAUAAACGCAUUGAUAGUUCACAUUGAGAAAAUGUACGGAAGUUAAGA